AUUUUCGCAUUGCACUGCACCUGCAUUAUUCACAAGAGCUUCUUCACCUCCGUUACUGAGUCAAAGCCUCGCCAGAUCGAUACUUGACUAGUAUGGUGCGCGACGGUGGCAAGCCUCGCGGUCGCGGCGGGCCUCGCGGUGGUGGUGGUGGUGGCCGUGGUGGAAACCAGGGUGGCAACCGGCAAGUAGCUCGCGGUGGCGGUUCCGGCGGACGCGGUGGUCGCGGCAACGGGACGCAAGUUCGCGGCGGUGUGCAGAAGCCGCAGAGCGGGAGAGGGCGCGGGCCCGCUCCUCGUGGCGGUGGUGGUGGCCGUGGCUCCCAGGGCGGCGGUCGCCGCGGUGGCGGCCCUUCUCGCGGGCGCGGUGGACGCGGUGGUCGCGGGCGAGGCGAUGGCAAGCCCAAGAGCCAGGCGGAGCUCGAUGCCGAGCUGGAGGGCUACAUGCUGAAGGACCCGGAGCAGGGCAAGACCUACCUCGACACGGACCUGGAGAACUACAUGAAGGGGAAGGGUUCAAAGCCCGCGGCGGAGGAUGCUGAGGCAGAGGCUGCUGCGGAGGAGGCGCCCGCGGCGGAGUAGAUGGCGCGCAGCGUGGACCGUGUAGCAGGAGCUCGGACCUAUGACUUCUCUCAGUGACACUGUGACCGGAUCGGACUUUGACUAGACGGGCGAUCAGACGCGAGUAUCGUUAGCUCAGGCGCCGGCUGGAGUAGCAGUCAGUGCAGCGGCAUUUACAGCAUCGCCGUGUGGCAGUAUGCAGAUGUCUGGCGGCACGCCAGCGUUGUGAGACUCUCAGAACUUGGGCCCGGACAUCGGGACAACCGCCAGCCUGCCGCGAGCGCAGCAGCUGUGUUGUAUCAUCAUUGUAACAGCUAUCGACAUGAUACAUCUCGUGACGCCGCCCUCCAACCGUCCGUGCGCCGUCACCAGUGGCGCGCGGUCGUCCGUACUUCGUGCGCACCCUACCACAUUCAUUCCAUAGCUACUGCGCUUACUCGCAAACCAGAUCCGAGAACAUCAUCACCUGGCGGCGCGUGCAGGUGCGCACCGCCAGCAGCUCCACGUCGAAAACCUGCGCGACGGGGCAGCGGCGAGGGGAUGAGCAUCAUGGUGGGCACCGCAGCGCAGCGGCAUUGGGGUGCCAACAGCCGCAGAUAGGGAGUGUCACGGAACAGCCGCAAUAAGAAGACGGGUGGCCGGUGAGCUUUUCGUGAAGGGUGGAUACCUGGCUUUGGUAUUGCGUAUGUGUAUGGUGAUUAUAUGAUCGUCGGUUGGUUGUCGGUGCUCGGGUCGUAGUGGGCAGCUGGCCCUGUGUGAUCAUGGCUCUACCCCUUCCUUGAAUCCACUGACCUCGCACUGCUUGGCGCUGAAGAAGGUGGAGGGGCCCACGGGCGGCCCCAGGGCGGGCGGCACGAUGAUGCGCCGCUUGCCGCCUGGCUUCAUGGUCUUGAUGCCCAGCUCGAAGCCUGCCGAGUUAGUGACGCGGUAGUGUGUGAAGGGUUGUGGCUAUCUUGUUGGGGUAACUAUGGUGUUGUGGAUUGUGUUGCCUGCUGCCUGCCAUGGCGUUGGCGGCGUGCGCACCCGGGCACAUGUGGAACCCGGGCAGAGCGCUUACCGGGAAUCAUGCCGUUGACGCCCAGGCGUGUCUGGGCGGGGCGACCUGUGCAGGAGGCAAAAUCAAAACGUACAUUGCGUUCAAGAAGGGCCUUAGCGGGGGGCACCACAACGGGUUAGACGGGUUGCUACCGGUUGCAGGGUGCUGCAUACCUUGACGGAAAGAUGUGUCAAUGACGCUGCCCGACUCGUUGUAGCCCUGACAUG